GGGAAGUAGCUUUGACUCAAACGAAAAUGCUUUUGAUGACAUGAAACAACUGAUAAAUGACGAAGAAAAUGAUAAGACAAACACAUUACCUUGGGCAAGCUUCAACUUUAUCAACUCUAUCCUAGGAAGUGGCGUCAUUGGUAUUCCUUAUGCUCUCCAUGAAGCCGGCUGUGGAUUUGGACUCUUCCUACUCCUUUUUGUUGCUUACGUUACGGAUUAUUCUCUCAUUCUUAUGGUUAGAAACGGACACAUCAGUGGAAAAUUCUCUUACCAAGGUAUCAUGGAAGCCGCAUUUGGUAAACCAGGGUACAUCCUUUUGGGCAUACUCCAGUUUGUAUAUCCCUUCAUUGCUAUGGUAUCCUACAACAUUGUCGUAGGAGACACCGUGACAAAAGUUAUCAUCAGACUCUUCGGAAUCAGCCCGGAAUCGGCAUUAGCCCAAAGGGACGUUGUUGUUCUGAUUGCAACCCUUUUCAUUUCGAUUCCUCUAUGCCUGUACAGAGACGUCGCCAAGCUUGCCAAGAUCUCCUUCAUUAGUCUCGUGUGCAUCGCCUUUAUACUUUUCUCCAUCCUAUUGAAGACUGGAUCUAUGGCUGAUAUUGUUCCAGAUCAUCCACAUUCUUGGAGGUUUAUUAACAAAGACAUUGUUCCAGCUAUAGGAAUAAUGGCAUUUGCUUUCAUGUGUCAUCACAACACUUUCCUGAUCUACAGUUCAAUUGCAGAAGCUAACCAAAUGAAAUGGGAGAUUGUAACUCAUUUCUCUAUCAUGACUAGUUUGAUAGUAGCAAUUCUUUUUGGAGUUGCGGGAUAUGGUACCUUCAGGGCUUAUUCACAAGGUGAUUUAUUAGAAAAUUACUGCUGGAACGAUGACUUGAUGAAUAUAAGCCGAUUACUGUUCAGCAUCCAGAUCCUGCUAACUUACCCUAUAGAAUGCUUCGUUACCAGGGAAGUAAUAGAGAACUCAUUGCUGAGAAGAGAACCGAAUGUGCCAAUCUCAGAGAAGGUUCACUAUCUUCUCACAUUGGGAAUCAUUUUCACAACUUACAUCAUCUCCAUCACCACACCCUGUUUAGGAGUAGUCUUGGAAUUGAACGGUGUUCUAGCAGCAGUUCCCCUGGCAUACGUGCUCCCCGCAGUUUGCUAUCUCCAACUUGAAGAAGGACUAAUAUUUUGUAGGAGAAAGCUUCCAGCUUUGGGAUUGGCAAUUUUUGGUUUAGCGGUGGCCAUUUUGGGUGUGAUAUUUCUCUUUAUUGAUAUAGAUAAAGUUAACACUUGUUCAAAAGGCGUUGAAAUGGAUUAUUGCAAAAACGUCACCAUUGCCAAUUAGUCGUUGGUAAAUGAAAUAUUAUUCAUAUACCUGUGAGGACCAGUUUUCAGAUAUCUUUCUCGAAAAUGAGAUAGGGUGUAUAUGUAGCAUACUUCAUAUUAAAUACAAGACUAUUGGAGAAAAAAUGAAUAUUUUAGGACACACUCUGAUGUAUAACCUCCAGCCUUACACAGGUCUGCUGUAAAGGUGGUAGUUGCUAUUUGAAUUUACAGACUUGACUUUCAAAUGACCCCUGAUUUGAUUAUCUAGGUGAUGUUUGAAUCAAUCGACAAAUUGCAUUUUUGGAUAUUCCGAACCCUCUGUUAGACCCUUUUUCCACAAAAUACGUGCCAGAUCUCUGGUGUGAUCCAAAUUUCAGGCAAUAUUAUACCGAUUUGGUUGAAAAUUUGCAUGAUAACCAAGUUUCCUACGAGUAACCUAAAACUAUACAGAUGUUUGAAAAAUCCAUGGCUAGACUCGAAGAAGAAAAGAAAAAAGAUAUAGCUAAGAGGAAAAUUUAUUCUUUUGCGCCCAAUUUGCUACUUUCGGUAACUCUUUGGCUCUUUCUGUAUAUAGUCAAACAUUUUGAUAUUCACCUUAAACAGUGUUGAUUUUGACAAAAAGCAAGAAAGUGAAAAAAAAACUAGUCCGGUCAUCGAUUUUUUAACAGCCUGUCUGGUUUUACGUAAUUCCCAGGCAACUUUGUUAGCCUGCAAGAUUUCAUUAAAAUCGGUUCAAUAGUGCCUUAGAUACUUAGUGUUGAAGACUCGUGUGUUUAGAUGAAAAAUGAAUUUGGAACAUCUUCCUUUUCAGAUAUGAAAAAGUCUCGGUCCAUGACCUACCAUUUCAGUAUCUCCAUUUAAGUAAGGAAUGCCGCGUAUAAAAUUGAUGCCUGUAUAUUGUAAAGAUACCCUCUGUUUCUGAAAAACGGUAGUGUUAGCGUAAAAGUAUUAGUAGAUUUUGACAAUACGUAUGUCUUUCAUAGAUAAUCAGUAGUAUUCCUAAAAGUCUCUGAGCCUGAGCAUCGUGAAUAAUUUUAACUUCUGAAACCUGGUCCCCAAGUAAUCAAAAGGACACAAUCUGUAGUGCAACUAAAUCACAUUUUGCAAACUGAUAAUUUUAUUAUUGCUGAAAAUCUUCGAAAGUAUUUAGACCAAAAUCAGUAUAGUACGAAUAAUUAUUAAUUAUUAUCCUGUAUCAACAAUUCCAUAAAUUACUUAUCACUAUAAGUUCUUGAGCAUGUGCAACUUCUCCUACAAAUUGAUCGAGACAAUAUGUCUAAGCCUCUUCCCUAAACACUUUAUUAGAGAAAAAGAGAAGAUCAUAUUAAGGGUGUAUUCAGAGAAUUUUCUGAAAUGAUCUUUUUUCGUUUAUUUUUUUUGGUUUCAGAACUCGUCAUGUACACAGUCCGCACAUUUAUCAAUAAAUAUUUGCGUUUCCGAAAGCAUAAGUAUUCUUAUCAAAGUAUAUCCAUAAAUGUUAUUAGCAAAUUAGGGAACCAAAGUAAUUAGAUAGAAUAUGAAUAAAAUAAUAUUAUUUUUUUAAAUAAGCUUAAUUCACGAUUGACAAGUUUCAGCACCAUUUACAGUUUGAUAAUUUGUAUUUACCAUAUUUUUAUGACAAUAAUUCUAUGACCUGCAUUUAUUUUAUGUCUUUGACCUUGUACGAGUACAGGUACUCCUUGAAAUUGCCUAAUUUUGGAUCUAUACGUUUCUAGCUCUAGUUUUGGCAAAAAUUUCUCUCGUAUUUUUCUGCUUUAGUACCCAACAUGUAUAGUCGCGCCAAAAAUAUGUGAUCAAGGUAUGUUUAUACAAUUUAACAUGUAUAUUAUUGAGAACAGAGUUCUAAUUAUUAAACAGGGAACAUCGGUUUUACUUCGAGAGUACACAGUUUGUUACCACUGUCUAUCCUAGUGAUGAAACCUGACGUAUGAUUCGAAUUGUCAGUAAUGUUACUUAAAAAAUACCCUACAGCCUAUGAUGCAAAACGAUCAACUUGAUUUAUACAAUACUAGUGGUAACAUACUGCAUGUAAUUAUCUAGGUAUCUCUUGAAAUUUUGAAAGAUGCUGUAAAAUAUUUAUACAUAGGUAGUUAGAAAUAUUGAACAUAAUAAUACGUAUUUAGAUAGAUUGGUCAAGUUUCAGCUGUCUGUCAUUUUAAGAGUUAUCGCGAAAACGUUUCAUACGAUAUGGUUCUACUGGUUAUCUAAUAGGGCCCUUAGAAAACUACAUCGUUUUGAGGAAAAUGGUUUUAUAGCGCUUAUCAGGCGUAUGAACUUGACACAACUUCAGGGAUUGCUUUUCCUGUGUGAAGUGUGAGACUUCCUGGAAACUGUCGUACUGGAAGGUUUAUAUUUAGAUUAGAUACAAACAGAACCAUCUUGUUCUAACGUCAUUCCAUAUCCGUUACGUUUUUUGACUUUGCAGCUGGCUUGACCGUAACAUAGUAAAUAAAACUCAGCCAAACUUAUUUACUAAAAAUAAAUUCAUACAUAUGUAUCUAUUCGCCACGGUGUAUUUUCAACAAACGAUAACUGACAUUUUUGUAAAUGGCGUCAGCAAUAAUUAAUAUUCCAAACAUAAUUUUUUGGGAUUUGUUAGGAAGCCUAGAUUUGUCGAAAAUCCAUCUUGAUUGAGAUUAGAUAGUACUGUUAAAUGUUAAUGUUUUCUAUGAUAACUAUAACAUUGUUAUUGACUAAGAAGGUAUUGUUAACAUUGGAUGAAUUAAAUAUUUAAGUUGUUAAGAAAGAUGACAGGAAGACAGAUGAAACCAAGGCAGAAGAUUGUUUUAAUAUCUAAUCUAUGGAAAAGAAUACAGCGCAUUCCGCCAUCAAUUACCAGAAUCGAGUACUGCAACUAACGACUUCACAGUUGAUGUAUAGCUACUAUACACUCCCUUAGUGGUUUAUUCUGGUAACAGAUGGCGCUUUGAGCUGACUUAUUUCGAUAAACCUUAUAUCUUGGAUAGAGGCUAGCUUUCGUUUGUUUUCACAAAGAUCAAGCCUAGACUAUCCUGAUGAGUUAUCAAACAGCAGCUGUCUUUGGCCAGAUGGUCGAAAGCAGCAUGUAUAGACAUACUAUAUAUAUUGACAGGAGUCUGUCACUUAUGACAAAGAUACUCCAACUGCUAUACUUUUGACUCAUAAAAUAUGAGUCACUUGUCAUCUUAUUUCAUUAUUUGAUUAAUACAUAUAUAAUACCAGAUAUUUUGCAUUCAGCAGUUGCUUAGAAUAGCUUACCAAUAGUUUAUUCGCAUUGCAACUGUUUGGGGCACAUACACGAAUCAGAUGAAGGCAUAUGCGGGUGUAAGAAAGGUGUUCACAGUCAGAAAUGGAGGAAACCUGAUAUGAACAUCUGACUUUAUACUUUAUUCCAAUACAAUUAUUGGAAACCUGCCUCAGAAGUUAGAUUAAGUAAACGAGUGUUCCAUACCUAAGUCUGACUACUCUUUCUCUAGUCUGAUAAAAUGCGUCUUCUGCUUGUUGAGUUUAUUAUUAGUUGAUAAUUGCGUUGAUAUCGUAAUAUAGCAGAUGCAUUUCAAUGUGCAUUUAUACAGAAUGUACAGACUUCAACUGGACCCCCUUUAAAAAUAUUGCCAGCAUAUAUUUAUGUAUCUGUACAUAUCACAUGCACUUUAUUACGUGUCGAUUACUCAAACAUCCAUAUUUGAUUAUUGGAAAAUAUAAGAACAUUAUAUGUAGAUAUAAUACUUUUGUCUAUACAUACGGUAUCUGCGGAAUUUUCUUUGUAUAUCCGAUGGAAAUGAUAUAAUUAUAUGUAAAAAUUAUAUGUAAAUAUGGAGAAUAUUUAUUAUCUUGAAAAGAAGUUGUGGAACAAAGGCAGUAUUCUUUUUUACCAAACUUUUCCAUAACUCUUAUAGUAUGGGAGAAACUAAAAUACUCAUGUUAGUUCCGUAAUGCUCAACAUACUGUAGAUUCUGUGAACUUUGACUUUGUUAACAGUAGAGGUCGUGGUAGAUUACUCAAAAAACACUCUGCUAGGGUUUGCAUUCAUGUGGAAUAAGCGGAAUAAGUAACCAUCUUCUGGACUUCCGACAGAUAGGCUCAACUUAAAAAUAACAUAUUUUGGUUUCUCUCCCUUCGAAACUCUUUGAAGUCUAUUGCACCACAUUGUCGCCAACCUCUAACGUUAAUGCACCAGUUUGUGAUGUUAUUGUGACUUUACAUUAUUAUAAACUAAAACAAAUAAAUGGUAUAUAUUUCAAUAAACC